UGUAUUAAUCCAACCCUGUUUUUAAUGUGAACUUUGAUCAUGUUUAAUAUUUUAUUGAUUUAAAUGAUCUACAUUAUUUAGUAAAGUUAAAUAUUUAUUAAAUUUAUUAUCAACGGAAAUUUAUACUUACUGUUAUAUAAUAUUAAUAAAAUAAAAUGGCCAUCAAUGCAGCAAAAGCUGUUUUAAAACCAGGAAAAACAGCAUUAUUUAUAUGCGAUGUUCAAGAAAGAUUUUCAAAAGCAAUUUUUCAAUUUGAUAAAAUGGUAUCUAAUUCAUCGAAACUGGUAGAUGCUUUAAAAAUUUUGAAAAUUCCAAUGCUAGUAACAGAACAAAAUCCAAAAGCUCUUGGAAAAAUUGUUUCACAAUUAGAUGUAACGGGUGCAAAAGGUCCUUUUGCAAAAACACAAUUCAGUAUGUAUACUCCAGAGGUUCAACAAGAACUUUCAACACUUUGUUGUGGCGAACCUCCAGAAUCAAUUAUAUUAAUUGGCAUUGAAGCACAUGUUUGUGUUGAAAAUACAGCCAUUGAUCUCAAAAAAAAUGGAUUUGAAGUUCACACUGUUGCAGAUUGUUGCUCAUCACGAACCGUCGAAGAUAUGACUUUAGCCUUAGAAAGAAUGAAACAAUUUGGAUGUCAAAUAACAACAUCAGAGAAUGUUAUUUUUAAACUUAUGGUUGACGCAAAACAUUCCGAAUUCAAAACAAUUCAAAAUCUCAUAAAGAAACCAUCUGAUUUCAUUCAUUCAACACCAAAAUCUAAAAUAUAGAUCCUUCAAUAAAUUAAUUAAUUAAUUGUUAAAAAUAAUCUAACUGUAAAUAUGUGUAACUAACUGUAAAUAUUAUAAAAAAAAGAGUGAAUUUAUUCCUCAAUGAGACGUAACAAUAAAAAAAAUUACAAAUCAAA